UCGGAAUUCGAUGUGCUUGGCUCGAAAUUCGAAGAACUUCGUUUGUGGGUUUUUGUAGACUGGCGGAUGUUUGAGAAAAAGUAAUGCUUUCGAGGAUCCGAGUUCCAUCCGGAGAAAAGUUGACGGGCAAGUCCGAAUCAAGGCUUGGCAUUCAAGGGGGGAAAUCACGUGGCUCAGGAUACUUUUACUCUGUGACGACGUUGACAUUCAGUCAUCCGUCGAGCUCGCAUCCGAGCUCGUCGUUGAACACAAUGAUCCUCCGCAAACUCGCCUCAACGAUGCCAAAGGCCCAUUACACCGACCUAGACCCAUUGUCGCUAUCGUCGGUACCCUCGCCCUCGAUGUCUCCUUCCUCCUCUUCCAUCUCCCCCACAUCGAGCGGAUCCCAGUCGAGAACCCAUGCUUUCUUCGCCUCGCCCUUUUCGACACGACCGUCCAGUCCUACCCUCCCGACAAAGAGAACCACGGACGAUCUAGAUGUGAAUGGAAAUGGUAAUAGACCAAAUUCGAAAAGGUCGCCUGCUGCGCCGCGAUCACUAACGACUGAUUUCUUCGCAACGACGACGACGACCCCACAUACAAGCUCUGCACCGCCAAAGGGCAAAAGGACCUUCCUUAAUCUUGAUUUGUUGCGGUAUGCCCCUAACGUUGAUGGAGCUGCACAGCAUGCAAGCCCCUUUGCUGUAAACUUUACCUCGACACCGACACCGACACCGACACCGACGUCUAUUGAAUACCCUGAUACGUCAAGUGAACCUACGCCGCGGCCUCCAGAUCUCGUGCUCAACAUCCAGCCUAAUCUCACUGAGCCAGCACCCAUGCAGUCGAGCCCUGUUUCCCUUGAACAAUCCGUCUCGCCCCCACCUGGAACACAAGAGGACGCUGAGGUUCUGCCUUUAUCGAUGUCGAUCGGUUCGCUGGUGUCCUCUGAUAACCCAUCGGACCAGCACGAUGAGCUCGCCCCGGGCAUGAUCAUUCGGUCCUUCCUCUUUACCAAGCAGCGAUACCUUGUCCCCACUCAAAUCCGAUCCCUAUCCCCCGGGUGACACUGCUCCAGCAGGUGACGUCUUCUUGCGAUUAAGACUUGCACUCGGGAAAGGCGCCUUUUCGAAUGUGUGGCUGGCG